AUGUCAUCAAUUUCUAUAGUUUGUCCGUGUUGUCACUGUGGUGACCUGGAGACACCAGAACAACUUUGCGAUCAUGUAUCGACGAUCCACGACAGUCCGGCACCUAUUCAUGAGCAGCUUUUCGACAACAGCAUACAAUUGCAGUCAUGGUUGUCCGAAGUUGAAGACUCUCGCACAGAAGGCGGUUACGUUGGGUCUGAAGAAGGUCCAUCCAGCGAUGACAAGGAAUACUAUCUUCUCUGCCGUCGACGUGUUUCGCCAAUGUUAAAAAGACGUCGGCUGUCAGAUUCUGCACGAUUUAGUGAAGCAGAGGGAAGCAUAGUCUCUUGCACUGCUUUCGUUCAUGUCAUGGAAAGAAUAGACGGUUCGGUGUACGUGAGAUUCUGCUUGGAACAUGCAGGUCACACUCCUUCCGAUCAGCUGAGACAAUCACCGCCUGCCUCGAGAUCUAGAAGAAGGAGAUCGAACCUUAAGCGUUCAUCCCAAAGUAUUAGCGACUCAUUUGUGGAUUUGUCCGAAAACAAUGUCACUUUGAGCCACUUGCAAACAAACGAGUCAACUGGCAGCAAAGACGGCGAGAUGAUUUGUGGUAGUGUUUUCGAGGAUAACAACAACGUUAACACCGUACGGAAGGUUGACCUGGGUCCAGAUGUCGAGUUCGAUACCUCGUCGAUGAAUUCACAAAUCAGUCAAAGACUAGACACAACCACUGAUCGACUUCGAGUUCUAACCCAAGUUCUGGCCGAUUUGGCUGUAGAUAUUCACGCGUUUGAAGAUCGUCAAUGCGCAAUAGCGAUUUGA